UAGGCAGAGAGGAGACUUAAUCACAAUGUUUAAAAUUUUAAAUAAUGACUACGGGCUUGACCAAUUCUCUCUUUUCGAUCCCACCAGGUUGCAACACCUUAGAGGACAUAGCAGGAGAGUUCAAAAGCCCAGAAGAAAUCAUAUUGCUGCUGAGUACUGGUUCUCACAUCGAGUCAUAAACUCCUGGAACCGACUCCCAGAAGAGGUGGUGUCUGCAACCCCAACUGAUCGGUUCAAGAAGGGCUUGGACAACCACAGAAAUUUACUGAAAAGGAUUGACAUAUGCUAUAAGCCUUCUAUCUUCAACCAAUAAAUCUGAAUCUGAAAUUCAUGCGGGAAUUACGAAACAUCGCGUUAAUUGAAGGUUUUUACCCAUUUGUCUCAGGAGCGGAAAUGACAAAUUACCCAUGUUUCGAACGAAAAACUUAUCCAGUUUCUCCACUUAGAAUGAAGAGUAAGAAAAGAGAAUGCAAUAGAAAACGUAAAGCGAAACCACUUUCUUGGGAAGAACAACUAAGCAGGCAGAUUCAGUUUGUGGAUGUCCACCCAGAGGCUAAUGAAACUUCUCUUGCAGUUGAUGAAGAGUCAGUUGAUGUUACGAUUAUAAGAACUAAUUCGUCACAUGUUUCAAAACAUGGUGGCCUUCGAAAACCAUUCGUAUCAAAACGUUUUGAGGCAGAGUCUGUAAUAGAUUACAAUCAGUUGUGGGUUUCUGGUGAAGAACUUCUAUCUCACAGCAGCAUACGUAAACACCGUGAAGCCGCUCAUAAUUGUGAAGCAGUCAUAUGAGUUCCCAUUGUAUGAGAACUAAUUCUCAUUGUAUUCAACUAUUUCACGAGUUACAUGGAUUCUCUCUCUCACUGUCUAUAUAUAUAUAUAUAUAUAUA